GUCUGAAGCUCCUCAAAGGCCCCCGGACAGGGAAAAAAAAGCCCCAAAACCGAAAAAAAUAGUAUCUUAACAUAUCUCACCACCACGACAUUUUCCGGCUUCACACCUCAAAUAUAUCCGAAGCAAAAAUCAUCGUGUUUCUGCGCGAGAGCUUCACCCCUCGUCCGCACCUGGCCUUCCACACCGUCAAUUCGAACUCUACCGAUAUCUCUCAACGUCGCCCUUGAUGUCCCGGUAGCACUUCGGUGCCCUACCGCCCGCACUGGCUCCCUUACUGACUGCCUCUCUGACCCCUUAGCACUAACCGGCCUCAUCGUUGCGCCUAAGUCACGCCCACGAGCGCGUAUACCAUGGCGUUCCCGCAGACUCCGUCACAGGCGCUGCCCGGCGCUUUCUUACAUACGCCUGCCGUCGCAUCGCGCUUCAGCUCCCAGCAAGAUCCGGUCCGGCGGCGUCUGUUCCGGGAACCUCCCAAUUCUUCUAGCAAUCAGACCGUACUAUUCGGACAGGAUACUGGCGGCCUCGGGCCCGACCCUGCUCCUUUGGCUGCCGAUCCGCAGACCAUACGAGGACUUCCAGGCCAAAAUAUGCCGCCCCAACCUCCAUUGGCCAAAGCGGCCGCGUAUAUCAACAAUGCCCUCACCAAAGACAGCGAAUAUCCCCAGCUCGAUUCCUAUUGCCGACAAUCUUCAUCCGAAUAUGAUCUUACCCGCGUCGAUAGUCCCUGGGCUCCCUUCCAGAAGACACACAUGCACCCCAUACCGCAGACUAUUCUCGAACAAUACAACCGAGCUGAGGUUUCUACGAUGAUGGGGUUGUUCGCCGAGCUUAACCAUGCCUGGGUGACAAUCGACAAUUGCCUUUACCUGUGGGACUACACACACCCGAAUCCCGAACUCAUCGGCUACGAGGACAGCCAACAAAGCAUCACUGCCAUCAGGCUUGUGGAGCCCAAACCCGGCGUAUUCAACAGUGUAAUCAAGAAGAUACUAGUCGUUGCCACUAGUUCCGAGAUAUUUCUAUUGGGUGUCGCUGUCCGAGGCGCCCCGGGCGGCUCGAAGACGGUCGAGUUGUACGGUACGAAGAUGUCGUUGCCCAUGCGAGGUAUCGAAGCUCAUGUCAUCGCGGGAUCCGCGGAUGGGCGUAUAUUCUUCUGCAGCCCUUCAGAUACCGAUAUCUACGAGCUAUCCUAUCAGCAGGAAGAGAAGUGGUUCUCGAGCCGCAUUAGCCGAAUCAACCAUACGUCCCGGGGCUGGUCUGCCACGGUUCCCAUGCCCUCCCAGAUUCUCUGGGGAACUACGGCGAGCGAAAAGAUCAAAGAAAUCGUCGUAGAUGACAGUAGAAAGCUGCUCUUUUCUCUUUCCAACACGUCAACUGUGCGCACUUACCACAUGGAAUCUCCCAACAAGCUCACCAAGGUUAUCGAGAAGACCAAAAACGACUUCUUGCGUGACAUCGCCCAUGCGCUGAGCGUCGUAUCGCCUCUGCUCAACGAACGUAUGGAAAUCGUGUCCAUCAGUCCUAUCUCCGCCGUCGAAGAUAACAAGGUUCACCUCAUGGCCUUAACCAACACGGGCACUCGGUUGUUCAUGAGCGCCACCAGCGCCGCGUCUUACAUGCUAAAUUCCCAGAGUCAGGCGCCUCAGAGCAUGCAACUGCAGGCCAUAAAAUUUCCGCCUUCUGAGCAGCGAAGACCUAGAGCUGAUCGAUUUGGCCCAGGCGAAUCCGUGGACAUCCAAUCCUCGUCCCUCCAGACGAGCCGGCAAGGGAUUCGUUUCGCUCCGGGGUACUUCCUAGAUUUUGUCAGUAAGACUGACAGUCCGAACGACGACAUCCUCUUCAUGUCGGCGCCCGAUAGUGGGCGAAUCAAUCAUGCCCGCCAAACCCAAACCCUGAGGUACUAUGAGCAAGCCAACUGGAUCGAGAUCGGUAGCAAAGCUGAAGACGUUGGGCUUAUCACGAAACCGUUUGCUGCAACUAAGCAGCCUUUGGGGUUUGGGAACGAACUGGCUGUCCAGUUCGACGAUCCCGAAGGGAGCGAGUUCGCCAUCCUCACGAACACCGGGAUUCAUGUGGUGCGCCGCCGUAGACUCGUUGAUAUCUUUGCCGGAGCUAUUAGGACUGCUGCCGGAGAUGAAGGCCUAAAGGCCGAGGUGAGCAAGUUUCAGAGCGCAUAUGGCCGUGUUGAAACCAUCACCGCCGCCCUCGCCGUUGCGUGUCGUCAGGGGGAUAACGGCCGCCCCGGAGUGGCUCGGGGCGCCGUCGACCAAGCCACCCAAGAUCGCGCGAAACAGGUAUAUAUCAGCUUUGGCGGCAACCCUAGGCUACCCGAGCAGGACGGACAGCCAGCUAAUGUGGAGAUGGUGCAACCUUCGACUCGCCAUGCUGCGUUGACUCUGUAUCUAAGCCGGCUUGUGCGAACGCUCUGGAGGUCCAGGGUCAUUAGUCAGGGGGCCGAUAGCAACGGUGCCUUGACUAUCACUAGUGUUAUCCCGGCUCAAAAGCUGAGAGAAGUUCAAGGGAGCGUAGAAAGCCUGCGGAAUUUCCUUGAAACCAACCGUGCUUUCAUACAGGGCCUUUCUGGACCUGCGGACUUGCGGCGGGCAGGGAGCAAGCAGGAAGAGCUCGGUUUCCGCGGCGAACACCAGGCCAUGCAUGCCCUAGAAACGUUGAUGGUAGGCAUCACGGAAGGCAUAUCUUUCGUGACCACUCUAUUCGAGGAGCGUGUUGUGGAUAUAUAUCGCGGCCUUGAUGAUACGUCGCGCCAACAACUUCUCAAUCUCACCUACGAGCAGCUCUUUUCGCUGUCCGAGGGGAAGGAGCUAGCCAAGAUGCUUGUAAAGGCCAUCGUCAAUCGGAACAUCGAGAACGGGUCUAACGUAGAGACCGUAGCUGACGCACUUCGGCGGAAGUGUGGCAGCUUUUGCAGCCCUGACGAUGUCGUCAUUUUCAAGGCUCAGGAGCAGUUGAAGAAGGCGUCGAAUGAGUCUCAAAACCCUAACACAUCGCGCACACUUCUCCAUGAGAGUUUGAGGCUCUUCCAGAAAGUUGCGAAAAGUCUCACCCAGGGAAAUCUUGAGUCGGCAAUCGAGCAGUACGUCGGUGUGAGGUAUUACGCCGGAGCUAUUCAACUAUGCCUGGUGGUUGCUAACGAAAAAGACCGGGGCAAUUCGGCGUUGUCUUGGAUCAACGAUGGCAAGCCUGCCGGUGAUCCACGAGAACAUCUGUUCAACGAGCGCAAAGUUUCCUACAGGUUGAUCCACCGCGUCCUCCAGGACCUGGAUGCGGCUUCGAGUCGCGAACCCGAACUGAUCGACGGGAAGCCGACGCUGAUUGCGACUAAGCGCGCGGAAGCCUACGAUGUCGUCAGCAACUCGACCGAUGAGGUUUUCCAUUUCGACCUCUACGAGUGGUAUAUACAACAAGGAUGGACCGACCGGCUGCUCGUGAUCAACUCCCCCCACGUCACCACAUUUCUUCGCCGCCUAGCGUCUAAGGACUUUGAGCACGCAGAUCUCCUUUGUAGAUUCCAUACAAUGCGGGGGAUGUUUUUUGAGGCGGCAAAGGUCCAGUCUGACCUUGCGCAAUCUGACUUUCCAAUCUCCAUCAAAGACCGCCUCAGCUUGCUCAGCAAAGCUAAAACCAACGCCAGCGUCAUGACCGCCGGCGUUAGCCGACAAGAGCAGCAGCUCCUGAAUCACGACGUCACGGAGCUACUCGAGGUCGCCCAUAUUCAGGAUGAUCUUCUAGAACGACUCAGAGCGGACAGUAGAAUUCCCGCCGAGCGGCAGCCGGAGAUCCAGGAGGCCUUGGACGGCAAGAUACAAGCGCUCUCUGAACUCUUUAACGGCUAUGCCGACCAAGCUGGCUACUACGACCUUUGCCUUCUUAUUUAUCACGUUGCCGAUUUUAGGAACUCUACCACCAUCGCACAAACGUGGAGCAGCCUCAUCCAGCAAACUCACGAGAACAUUGCAGAACAGUGGUCCACAUACGAGAUAGAACGGCGUGGGCGUGGAGUGCAAGCUAGCGACCCCCCCCCGCAACCGUACGAAUCCCUAGUCGCCCAGAUUCAGGACAUUUGCCAUCGCUCUUCUAAUGACUCUUUCAUCUUUCCUGUACCUACCCUUCUCCCCGAAAUCUGCCGCUAUGCCUUUGAGAACGCCCAGGACGCAAGGAUUGGUGCCGACGUCAACUGGCCAGUACUUGUUUUCCUCAAAUUGGGGGUGAGCUACGACCUCGUCGUUCGUGUCUUGGAGCAGAUGUUCGAGUCCCAGGAGGUUCCGUUCCGCGGUGCCGGCCGUGCCCGGCUUGUUGAAUGGAUCUCGCAUACCAUCAGCCAAUGGAUUCGCGACUUAGGCCGGAACGGUCGUCCUGACGCGAGACUGGACCCGUGGGUGGCCCAGCUGGUCUCUGAGUGUGACAACUGGGUGUCCUCAAAUGCACGUAUCGCCAACGAGGGGGGCGCUGAUAUCAGAGACCUCUUGCGAAGUGUUAAAGAAGUGAGGAGAUCCGUCGAUGGUCUGAUGGUGUCACCAGCGGCCAAUAGGAGCAUGGGUUUCUAUUGAGGUAUGAAGAAUAUGGAGACAGACUUCCAGAUUAGAGUGAGACGGCCUAAGAAGGUGUGUGUCUGGUAUGCAUUGGGCGUUAGGAUAAGAAUACUUCUUUAGGGGAGGGGCUGAAAAUGACGAUCAACGGUAAUUUCAAACGGUCGACGCCGUGGCAAGUUGGCCGCGGGCCAGCCGUAUGUUUUAAUUAUUGGACCCGGUUCGGCGAGUAGAUAUCCUUGAGCGGCACAUCGACGGGUAGUGCUGUGGUGUCUCUUUGACGCCUAUUCAUGUUUAUGUAAUGUAGGCAGACGACGACUAGGAGGCAGUUCGGGCCCAUGGGUGGGGCUGUCUGGGGCUGGUGGAAAUAACUAAACUGGUGGUUAUAGACAGAUAUAUCAGCCAUGAUGGGUAUCUAGCAGCUGCUUUUAAUCGUCCGGUUGGUCGGCCCAGUCUCUCCCCAUCCGAUGACUUCUAGGAA